CUCUCUCUCUCUCUCUCUCUCUCUUGCGUCUCUUACAUUACUCGCCCACAGCCAUGUAUAAAGUGGCAAGCCCGUCGGAGUACUUAGUGAUCACCGGCGUCGGGAUACAAGACAUCAAGCUCGCCAAGAAGGCAUGGAUCCUUCCGGGGCAAUCCUGCACUGUCUUCGACAUCUCUCCGGUAAACUACACGUUCGAAGUACAGGCUAUGAGCGCAGAAAAGCUCCCCUUCGUUCUCCCGGCGGUGUUCACUAUCGGCGCCCGAGCCGACGAUGAAGCCAGCCUCCUCAAAUAUGCCAAGCUCAUCACCCCACAUGACAAGCUCUCUAGCCACGUUAAGGAGCUUGUUCAAGGGAUCAUCGAGGGUGAGACACGAGUUCUGGCAGCGUCGAUGACCAUGGAGGAAAUCUUCAGAGGAACCAAGGAGUUCAAGCAAAAAGUGUUCGAGAAGGUUCAACUGGAACUCAACCAGUUCGGCCUUCUGAUCUACAACGCCAACGUUAAGCAGCUGGUCGACGUGCCUGGUCAUGAGUACUUCUCGUACCUUGGCCAGAAGACCCAGAUGGAGGCUGCCAACCAGGCUAAGAUCGAUGUGGCUGAGGCCAAGAUGAAAGGUGAGAUCGGAGCAAAACUUCGUGAAGGGCAGACGCUGCAGAAUGCGGCAAAGAUCGACGCGGAGACGAGGAUCAUAUCAACCCAAAGGCAAGGAGAAGGAAAGAAGGAAGAGAUUAAGGUGAAGACAGAUUUGAGGAUAUAUGAGAACCAGAAGGAGGCCGAUGUUGCAGAGGCCAACGCGGAGUUGGCGGCAAAGAAAGCGGGGUGGACUCAGCAGGCUCAGAUGGCGGAAGUGGAGUCAGCAAAGGCGGUGGCCGUCCGAGAGGCUGAGUUGCAGAGAGAAGUUGAGAGGAUGAACGCAUUGACCCGCACAGAGAAGCUCAGGGCCGAACUACUGAGUAAGGCCAGUGUGGAGUAUGAAACCCGGGUUCAAGAAGCGAACUGGGAGCUUUAUAAGAAACAGAAGGCAGCAGAAGCAGUACUGUAUGAGAAGGAGAAAGAGGCCGAGGCACAGAAAGCAAUUGCAGAGGCAUCUUUAUACGCUCGCCAACAAGUUGCAGACGCAGAAUUGUAUGCAAAGAAGAAAGAGGCCGAGGGAAUAAUGGUGCUUGCACAGGCGCAGGCCGUUUAUCUGCGGACUCUGCUGGAAGCAUUGGGAGGCAAUUACAGUGCACUGAGAGACUAUAUGAUGAUCAAUGGCGGAAUGUUCCAACAGCUUGCUAAGAUCAAUGCAGAGGGCUUGCAGGGACUACAACCGAAAAUCAGUGUUUGGACUGGAGGAAGCGUCGGGGAGGCUGAUGGAGACGGAAAUGGCUGUUCCGCCAUGAAGGAGGUGGCCGGGGUGUACCGAAUGCUGCCUCCAUUGCUUGCAACAGUGCAUGAACAAACAGGGAUGCUUCCUCCGCCGUGGAUGGGCACAUUAAUUAGCAAACCGGAAAAGUGAUUAAGAACAGAGAUUUUUUUUAUAGCAAUUAAGAACAGAGAUUUGUGUGUGGGAGUGUGGUAUCUUUUGCUUUAAUCUAUUCAAUUAGGUUAUGUGGAAUCAAAGUUGUAUAACGAUAUGCUCUUAAUUAGUUCCUAUUAUUUUC